AUGCGCGUCUGCGUCUACGCCUCGUCCUCGCCGAAGACGUCAAGCGCCUUCGUGGCCCAGGGCCGGCGCCUCGGCCGGCUCCUCGCGGAGCGCGGCCACGUCCUCAUAAAUGGCGGCGGCAAAUUUGGAGGCAUGGGCGCGCUGAACGAGGGCUGCCGGGCGGCGGGCGGCGUCAUCGAGUGCGUCAUCCACGAGAUGUUCGUGGUUGACGAAGGAGAAUUUGAAGGCAGCGAUCACCUCAUCGUCUGCCAAGGCGACGACCUCGGCGAGCGGAAAAGGGCUCUCGUCGAACGCUGCGACGUCAUCAUAGUGCUGCCCGGCGGCCUGGGCACCUUGGACGAGAUGUUGGAUGCCGCGGCCUUAUCUCAGCUCGGGAUGCCAAAUGCACGACCGGUCGUCGCCGUGAAUAUUGAUGGAUACUACGAUUCUACCUUAAAACAGCUCGAGCGAGCUAGACAGGAGGGGCUGCUUUCCAAGAAUCCGGCGGACAUCUUGGCGAGCGUGCCGGACGUCGACGCGGCGCUGGCCUGGUGCGAGGAGCACGCCGGUUCUGUAAGCGGCGCGCGGGCCGUCGCGCGGUCAGUAAAGGGGCCGGCGCGCGACGCGUGGGUCUUUGGGGCGGGCGUCGGCGCGGGUUUGUUUCUGGGCUGGGCGCGGACUCGGGGGAAGUAGGCGGUCGUGUUUGACGUCGCAGUGCUCAAGCUCGAGGGCCGGCGUCCUGGCGCGAACGUGGCUGCGACUACUCCUUCUUCGAGACGACGUACCUGCUGACGCGGAAAGACGCCGGUCUGCGUCGCGGCGAUGCGGCGGCUGCUGAGCUUGUCUUAAUGUGAGUUUCCUGAUCGAUCACGCUCAUAGCUAGGAGAGAGAAACGACCGUAGCUACGCGUAGACUGGCGGGUAAACCCGGCGCGGCGUAGCCGAGCGGUCCGCUCUAUCGACAGAGCGUGGUAGUACCGCGAGAACGGCGCGAAACAGACGAUUGACAGUGCGACGAGAACCGCUGUUCCUCGACGCCGCCGAAAAACCGGACGCGCGGGGACUCCAGAAGCCCUAACACGACAUCUGGUCCUAGGAAAUACCUCGAAGUGGGAACGAAGGUCACGGAGUGCUUCGUGCCAAAAGCGAAGCUUCGCGAGGGCGAGUGCAAAAUCUGCGAACCCGUCGACGGCUGGGUACCUCUCGAAUCGCUCGGGCUUAGCGAUGAUACUCCGUUUAUGAAGGCAAAGCAGAUAGAGAGUUGCGCAAGGCCCGCAAGUAGACUCCCUCCACCGGAUGCCGCGACGAUAGAGCGGUGGAAGGCGUGCGGCGCCCGCGUCGCGCUGCCUUCUCGCCCUUUGACACACCACGACCGCAGGCACAAACUUAGCAACCCCACGUCGGACGCCGGCAAGAAAGCCGCCGAAUCGCCCGAGGAGUUCCAGAAGCGCGACCCGGCGUCCACGUCCUUCGAAUCUAUCGACCGACGCUCCUUCUGACGCCCGCCGGCACGGCGGUCUACGAUGCGGCCGCGGCAACGGCCGAGAGACGGCACGCCGCGAGAGCGAGACGCCCCGCGGCGCGCGGAAUUAAUACUCCGUUCGAAACCACAAAAUCAACUUACACUCUAGAGGGGGAGCGCGCGCGACGCCGGCGCGGUCGCAGGUACAUGCGGAUUAGGGAGAGCGACCGGAAGUACAAGGACAAGAAGCCACGAGUAGCGGACAUGGAUGAGGCCCAAUUAGCAAAGCACGUCGCGGCGUCGUCCAGAAGCCUUCCGAUCGCGCACACACAACGCUCGCGUCCACUCCCGCCGCCCGCAGGUACCGAGAGCAGAAACCAUUGAGGAAGGACAUGCUUCCUGAACGAUUGGAUCGGUACGUCGCUUUAUAUGACGAGUAACGCCGGAGACCUUUCUUUCCACAGGGAUAGAUUUAAAAAUCGCAACGAUGCUUUAACUCGGGGCGGUAGCAAAUUAGCCAAGAUCAAGGACGCGCCACUGGUGAUCAAACUCAGAGAAAUCGUCGCCACGCGUGGAAUUGUCAUGGUCGGUGUAGCAAUCAACCAAUGAGUCGAGCCGUCGAGCAGCCGUCGCGUCGAUGGCGUUGAGGUCGACAUGAACGCUCCGCGAGAGGUUCUUUCCGCGCAGGCAAUGGCCAUUGAUUACUUGCUCCAUGCCUUAAAAGUCGACGUUGAUAAAUUACUGAGUGGUGAGAAAGUUUGGGCCCAAAACACCCUCAUUUGGAUCGAGAAGAUCGAGAACGACGCUUCCGUCCUCGUUCUCGACGGCGAGGGGACUGAUGGAUUGUACUACGAGGUCGGUGCCGCUGAAAAAACGGCCCAGGGCCCCAUGACGGAGAUCAUGAACCUGUCGAACCGCGGCCAGGGCAACACCUUUGAUACUGGAAGACAAAAUCGCUUCCGUUUCCAGCCGCCGCCGCUCACCGCAACCCAGCGCGCCGCCCUCGAGGCAUACGCGGCCAAAUUAAUCGAGAGAAGCAGCAGCGACGACGUGCUCGCGUUUCACUUUGGCGGUGCCGAGAAGAAGUGGUUGCGCGAGCUGGGCAUCCCUACUGAGCACUUCGCCGACGCGCUCCAGUUCAUCCGCUACAUCCUUGGUGCCAAAGGCAACGGCCAAUUUCCCGUCGACUCCCCCUACGGCGACCAAAUGAGCACCGCACGAGCCCGCGCGAAACGCCAUCUUCGAACGUCGGUCACGUGUGGCGUUCCGUUCGCAGGGCCUAGCAUUCUUCAUCUACACCUUCUACGAUUGCAUCCAGACGCACACCGGCCUCGACGACUCCGAGUUCACGAUCAAGCUCGUCCACGAGAUGGUCGCCGGCCUGGUGCGCCGCCGCGACGGCAAGAACAAGGAGAUGCUCGACAUCUACGUGGCGCCCAGCUUGGAGUGGGCGCGCGGCGACAAGGCGGCGCCGCGGGCGCCCGUGAAGUACCCCGGCAUGGGCAACUGGUAG